AUGGUUGAGACGCGUGCUCAGCAUCGAAGGCGAGUAACAUGGGAUGGGGUAGAAUCUAAUCAGGAUGUCUUUCGUGACAUCUUAUCUCGACUCUCAGUAAGGUCUAUCUGUUCAAUGAAAAAGGUUAACAAAUACUGGCAUGUCUCAGUUAGUGGCAAAUAUUUUGCUACCAAACAGCUAGCUCAAUCGAGAAAGAAGCCCUCAUACAUAGCUUGUCCUAGCGUAAACAAGGCUAUGAAACUGUAUUUGUUGAAGCCGGGGAAGUUCAGCUUUCGACACCACACUACUGUUGAUCCUUCAGGAAGAAUCGCUGAUCAAUGCAUGCACAUGAUAUCAUCGUUCAAUGGAUUGGUAUGCUGCAUCAACCAAGUUUCUGAUGAAGAUGAAGACGAUUAUCAAAACAAUCAGAUAUGGAUCUGCAACCCUUCUACUGAAGAGACUCUGCUUCUUCCCCAAGGCAGACCAUCAUUUUUGGUAGAACCAAGUAUUGGAGUUGCAUAUGGUCCUGAUAUUAGCGAGUACAAGAUUUUCCGCAUAUUCUCUAUAUGGAUCUGCAACCCUUCUACUGAAGAGACUCUGCUUCUUCCCCAAGGCAGACCAUCAUUUUUGGUAGAACCAAGUAUUGGAGUUGCAUAUGGUCCUGAUAUUAGCGAGUACAAGAUUUUCCGCAUAUUCUCUGUUGGAGAGAAAAAUGAUGGAGAAGAGGGAUUGCUCUUAGAAUGUGAGGUGUAUUCUUCCAGCACUGGUGCGUGGAGGAGCAUCGGCACUGUGCUUCAUCUUCCAAUAUCCGAUCACGUCUUUGCAGGAGGGAAGAUCUACUGGCUGGUUUCUUUGGAGGAUCCUGGUAUAAUCCUCUCUGUCGACAUGGACGAGAGGUUUGGAGUUAUAGAGCUGCCUCAUUAUCCAACAGAACUGCGUGAAGAAGACAGGAUAACAGUUGCUACACAUUUGAUAAACCUAGGAGGAUCUCUGUCACUUGUAGUUCUACAUGCGUAUUCCUUUGACGUAUGGGUGUGGAAAGAGGCUAGUUGGGUACUUGUAAUAGAAUAUGAUUUUCCGUUCGAGGGCGAUGAACUUGUGUUAUCCAUAACCUCAUCAGAGAAUGAGAUCCUGUUUGUGACUGAGUCGCACUUGUGGACUUAUCAUUUGGAUACUAGGAAGUGGAAUAAAAGGGGCAAGCCUCCUACUCGAUUUAAGAAUCCUGCUAUGUUCCCCUUCACGGAGAGCCUUCUUCCAUGCAAUGGCGGGGUGAGGCUAGAAGGAAGGUGA